CCAUGAAGGUGACCAGCCAUGCAAUGUUCCUGGAAGGCUGUCCUCCUACUUGCUUUGGCCUCCAUUGCUAUCCAGUACACAGCCAUCCGCACCUUCACGACCAAGUCCUUCCACAGCUGCCCUGUACCUCCCAACCCAAUGAACUGUAGCCUGAACCAGGAGAUUGAAUCGGCCGACCGGCUGUGUGAUGAAAGCCCCACCCUUGCUUACAACACCUCCAAGAAGACGCACGUUCUGAUCUUGGCCACCACCAGAAGCGGGUCCUCUUUUGUCGGGCAGCUAUUCAACCAGCACUUUGAUGUCUUCUAUUUGUUUGAGCCUCUUUACCAUGUCCAGUACACCUUGAUCCCAAAGCUGACGCAGACGAAGGGCUCCACAGACCGGCGGAUCAUGCUGGGUGCUGGCCGAGAUUUGCUGAGAAGCCUCUACGACUGUGACCUUUACUUCCUGGAAAAUUACAUCAAGCCCCAGCCUGUGAACCACACGACGGACAGGCUCUUCCGGAGGGGGGCUAGCAAAGCUCUGUGCUCCCCACCAGUUUGUGAGACGCUGGCAGCAUCCGCCGACAUACCUCUGGAAGAAGGUGACUGUGUGAAGAAGUGUGGCACUUUGAAUCUGACCCUGGCCACCGAAUCAUGUAAGGAUCACGGGCAUGUUGCUAUCAAAACAGUGCGGGUGCCAGAGGUCAACGACCUCCGAGCCUUGGUGGAGGACCCCAGGCUCAAUUUGAAAAUCAUACAAUUGGUGAGGGACCCCAGGGGCAUCCUGGCUUCCAGGAGUGAGACAUUCCGAGACACUUACAGACUUUGGCGGAUCUGGGAUGGCACAGGCAGGAAGCCCUACAACUUGGACGUGACCCAGCUCACCACUGUCUGUGAGGACUUUUUGAACUCUGUUUCCACCGGGCUGAACCGGCCACCUUGGCUCAAGGGAAAAUACAUGCUGGUGAGGUAUGAAGACCUGGCCAGGAAUCCCUUAAAAAAGACCGAGGAGAUGUAUGAAUUCCUUGGCAUUCCCAUGGACAGCAAUGUGGAGCGAUGGAUACAGAACAACACAAGGGGAGAUCGGUCUGCAGCAAAACACAAGUACGGAACUGUCCGGAACUCGGCAGCGACUGCAGAGAAGUGGCGGUUCCGCCUCUCGUUCGAAAUUGUGGCGUUCACGCAGAACGCAUGCCAGCAAGUGUUGGUACAACUGGGCUACAAACUGGUGUCCUCCGAGGAGGAGUUGAAGAACCUCUCCAUCAGCCUGGUGGAGGAGAGGGACUUCCUGCCCUUCUGGUAAUGCAGACAUUAGGGACUCGUGUUUUAAUGCUGAUACGAGCCAUUUCUAACUAUUGCCUUAUUUUCCUUCUUCCCCUCCUACUCUCUGAAAUUUGCACUAAUUCUUUGAAUGGAAGUCUCCAAAAGAGUUAACAUGAAGAAGGUGCCCCCACUCUCAGACCAUAGUAUGGAUUAUGAGUAUCUUAAGAACAAGAGCUAAAAACACAAACUGCGGAUGGGUAGCAAUGUUUACAAAUCACACACACGUAACAAUGUAUAAAAGGGGAAAAAAGUAACCCUCAGGCUUUCCACACCGAAGGGUACCUGAGGAAUUAUACUUUUGCACUGUUUACUUUUACAAUGUAAGAGAUAACUAUAACUAUAUAUAUAUAAAUAUAUAUAUGUCUAAUUUAUGAAUAGUGUUGUCAUCUCCCACCUAACUCCUCCUGAUUAUGAGCAGGUUUUACUGUUAGCUGAAUGUGGAAAAGUCUCCUUGUUUUAAAUCUUGUUUUGAUAUGUCUGAGUCAUGUUAUCAGGCUGGUCGCUGAUCCAUGGUUUGUUGAGUAACACCUAUGACAUUUCUUUGUGCCAAAAAAAAGAAAGGAAGGAAGUGGUUUGCUGAACAUCAACAACAAUACCUUAAUGCCUCUCUGUGUUUUCUGCAAAUAAAGAAUACAAUAAAAUCAAUUGUUCCUGGAGGGACAAAUUCACCAGGCCAGGCUCAAUGAAUUGUCAGACCAUUUAACUCUCCUCAAGACAAGUGUAAUGGUGGGGGUGGAAGGGGAAGGAUGUGUGGACUAUUAGACCUUUAAAGACCCAAAGAUGGAUAGCAGAGUGAAUCAUAGGCAGGCAGGCUGAUUAUCUGAUUGUUAAGUGACGAGGUGGAGAAAUAAUGGCAGUUCCAUGAUCCAUAUGCAUUUUAACCUCCUGCCUUUUUAAUGUGUAGUAAAUUGGAACUAGUUACCUUGAUAUAACAAGAGGAAUUAUAAGAGUGUUCAGUAUUCUAAGUCUGCUCAAAAACUCCCUCCACCUCCUCAACUAAGCUGGCGGUUUUUUGUUUCAUCUAGAACCACCAACCACAUUAGGGAAGAACUUGUGGUACCGAGUUGAAGAGCGCAUGUCUGCAUGCAUAAUGUCCUAGGUUCAAUCCCCGCCAUAUCCAGUUAAAACGAUUUGAGGCAGCAGGACUGGCAAAGACCUCUGCUUGAAAUCUGAGAGAGUUGCUCAGAUACGACAGCCAGAUACGACAGUGCAGGAACAAAGGGAGCAAUGCAGCAUGAGGCAGCCUCAAACAAUUAUUCCCCCCCUAUUUUCCCUGUUGCUCUGAAAGGUUCACAUCUGCAUCAGAGCCUGCAGCUCU